AUGAUCUUGGAUGGGUGUUUCAUGCUUAAAAUACUAUACUUGAUCGGCACAGAUUAUACCAGUUAUUCCAAUUACUAUCCCAUCCUCAACCAAUAUGGGAGGGUCAAUUUCAUGAUCAAGGCAGACAUGUUGAUGCUCGAGAAUCUGUUGCCAAUAUUGAUUCUGAUCAGUCUCAAAUGUUUCCUAGAGCAAAAGGAUGAGCCUAACGUUGAAGAAUUGAAGGACUUGACCAAGCGCACACUUUUUCUUAUCAGCAACUUCUACUCCUUUAUCGAGAACUUCGACGGCAUUAUCAAGGACUUAGAGACGACCGCAUGUUUGCACGUGCUUGACCUCUGCCGCAAAAGCCUACUCCCCACACACAGCGAACAUGGAAAUGCAUCCCCUCAAUUUUCAAAUCAAGGAAAAGGAAGGAGCAACAGGGUCAGCCACAACGUCGCCCACCUAGUCUCGACGUUCCACGAUGCCGGCAUCGGCUUCAUGAGAAGUAAAAGCAAAAGUCUUCGGAACAUCACCUUCGACUGCGGCAUCUUGAAAAUUCCUAAUUUCAUAGUUAGUGACUAUACCGAAACAAUGGUCUUGAAUCUCUUAGCCUUCGAGAGUUGCCACCUCUUUGUUGGACACGAGAUCACUUCGUUCGUUGUGUUCAUGGGCUGCAUCAUUGAUGAUGCUCGGGAUAUCAAACUUUUGAGCUCAAAAGUGAUUAUAGACAACUUCAUUGGACCAGACAAGGAGGUAGCCGAUUUAUUCAACACAAUGUCCAAGGAUUUGGUCAUGGGGGAAGGACCUUUACAAGGUGUACAUAGAUCUCAUCGACUACUGCAACAAGCCUUGGCCUAA